GACAGCUGCUGCAGAAAGUUACAUUGUAGCGCAGAGCACAAUGACAGUCAUGAGGACAAUUCAAACACGAAGCAACAACCGAGAGAUCAGAGCCAGUCAAGAGUUCAAGUCAACGCAGUUCUUUAAUGCCAGAGAGGUAUAUAGAUUACGUUUUUGUCCAGUAACAACGAGCAAGAGACAAGAUCAUUUCCGGGGUUGGUUCUAGUUCGAAAAUAUAUUAUAAUUGCGAGCUCUACCCGGAAAGAAGCCACAGCGGUGUUCGGGUGCUGCACACAUACAUUUCAGAUGUCAGGCUAUGUCAUGUAAACUCAGUAACAGCGGAUUUAAACUUCAAUUUUACCCUGGUGAGACGCGUUUUACUCUUCCACUUCGGGCGCACACUGACCAGUUAAAACGGUGAUGUGGUAGCAGGCAGCAGUAUGCCGUACAUGGAUAGACAGAACCGUGUCUGUGGCUUUCUAGACAUCGAGGAGAAAGAGGGCAGCAACCGCUUCCAGAGACGCUAUUUUAUACUGGACACACAGGGCAACACACUGCUGUGGUACAUGGACAACCCCCAGAACCUGCCCAGUGGAGCGAACGCAGUCGGGAGUCUGCAGCUGACAUAUAUCUCCAAGGUGAGCGAGGCCACGGGGAAACAGAAGCCCAAGACUGAGUUCUGCUUUGUGAUCAAUGCAGUAUCUCGGCGGUAUUUCCUCCAAGCCAACGAUGCUGCUGACCUCAGAGACUGGGUCAUUGCUCUCAACAAAGCCACCAAGAUCACUGUCCCGAAAGCUAGACCUCUCCAGCCAAGGACAGAGGUUUCUAUGGUAACCGGUGAGGCAGGGGGUAAGAGGCAGGCCUAUAAGACUGAGAUCAUCGGGGGAGUGGUGGUGCACACCCCCAUGUACCAGAAUGAGGGUGAGGAGAUGGAGGUAGGGGACAGGAGGGUCAACGCUGUAGGCAGUAGACCAGGCGUGCUGAGGUGUGGCUACUGUGUCAAACAGGGUAACAUGAGGAAAAGCUGGAAAAGGCGUUUCUUCAUGCUGGACAACAAUUCUGUCAGUUACUACAAGUGUGAGACGCAUAAGGAGCCGCUAAGAGCGGUUCUUCUGAGAGACAUUCAGAAGGUCCAUGAAUGUCUGGUCAAAUCUGGGGACCUGCUGAUGAGGGAUAACCUGUUUGAGAUUAUCACCAGCUCUAGGGUUUUCUACAUCCAGACAGACACUCCAGAGGACAUGCAGGGCUGGAUCAGAGACAUUGAGGGGAAGAUACAGGACUUCAGAGGCCCGGGCAAGAGCUCUGCAUUCACACGCGCCUCCUCCUCUCUGUAUUGCCAUGGUAACUCCUCCCACCAACCCUCUGUUGUCCGUGGUCGCCAGGGAGAUGACAAGAGACCCCCUUUAGUGAAGUCAUGUUCCGUGGCCCCGGGGUGGCAGCCCUGGACCCCCGUACCCCAAAGAGAGGCUCCCGCACUGGGCAUACUAGAUAAGGACGGUCCCUUUAGCUCUCUGCUGCCCAGCCUCUCCUCUCUCUCUCUUUCCACCUCCUCAUCUUUAUCCUCCCUCCCCACUCCCACCCCACAGGGGGUCUCAGCUCCAGCCAGUGUUGUGGGGGUCCCAGCCUGCCCUUGCCCCAUAGCUCCAGACCCCUCCAGCAGCCGGAGGAGACACCGCUCUCAGCCUCAGCCAACCACAGACCGCAGCUUCCCUUUCAGCCUGGACCAUGAUGGCAUCCGCACCACCGACGUCUAGAACCAACCACGUCUAGACCAACAGAACUCUGAAUCCAACAAUAUGUGGAACCACCAAUAUCUAGAGCAACAAUGACACUUGAUUGAGUGCCUUUCCCUUUGAAAGACUAAACCUUCCCUCCCCCGGCCACUCUCCUUUGAGAGUUACAUAGGCCUGCUGCUUUGGCUGCGGCUGCUGUGGGCUAUUUGCUAAAGUAACCCCCCCAUCCAACUCUCUCUCUGGAGGCCUGUGGCCCCCUGUUGGUGGGGGAGGGUAGUGAUGCAAAUUGGGGUUCCUGGAUGUGUUCUCUCAGUGAGGGGUGUGUUAGUAGUGGCUGUGGGCUUCUGGUAUAAAGGGUUAUUCGGAGAGACUGGGAGGGGUUAUCAGUGUUGGAGUGUCUGGUAGACUGCGAAGGGUUAAGUUAUGUGUUGUAGGAUUUCCUCCUAAAACCUGAAUGUAGUUCUCCCAUGUACUGAGAUGAAGGAAGGUUUGUAUUGUGUUGGAGCCUGGUCUGUCUACCAAAUACCCUCUAAUAGUAUUAGUCAGCUGGUAUUUUACCUGUAUUAACCAAAUCUAAAGUAUGUCCCAAUUGGCACCCUAAUUCACUAUAUCAUGCAGUACUUUUUUACCAGAGCCUUAUGGGCCCUAGUCAAAGGUAGUACACUAUAUAAUGAAUGUGGUGCCACUGCCAAUUGGGACGCAACCCAAGAGUCCCAUUCAAUCCAUCACCUGGUCAUAGAAUAGUGAUGAUGUUUGUGUCUGUGGCUCUGCUUGUCUCUAGACAAUGUUGUUCCCUUGUUAGACUAAAUUCAAUUGCAUUAAAUCGGUACAUCAGCAGUGCAUUUUAUGGUAUUUCUGCACACUUUUCUGCGAGCCUCGUUCUCUUGAUCGAAUGCAAAGAAUUUACUACUCCAGAGGGAGUGGAAAUAUUUUGGGUGUCUCAGAUUGUUCUAGCAAUUCUCACAUUGUAACUUCAUUAGGAGGAACGAUGUUUGACAUGCUUUUUACAUUUGUAUCACAAACAAUUAUUUCGAUAAAAGUGGCCAUUUUUAGACCUAAACAUUAUGACUGGGAUGAUACCAGUAUCGCGAGGAAACAAAGCACGAAGCAGAUUUAACUUCUUUAGGAAAACAGCAAUAAUGUUGGAAACAAACAUCAGGUUGUCAUCCAGAGUCACAUUUAUUCAAUUUCCAAGCUGAAGCACACUAUUUUACAUACAGCAGGUUUUUAAAGGACCGAAGAGUUUGGUCUACUUUGUGUUUUGCCAUUGACAGAUUAUCACAAUACUGCCCUAUGAUCUGUGAACCGUACAUGAUACAGACAACAUCUGGGUGUCAUUAUACUCCUUAUAGUGUUCUCUAACAUAUGGAGUAUGUCUAGAUUCUGAAAUACUCAUUUUCACAUUCAUAUCUCAAAACUACCCUUUGAUUUAGCUUUCUUUUUUUAUAUGUAGUUUGUGACGCUCUUCAAACAAGUUAAAAUUUCCAGAUUGGGCUCUCUAGUACUUUUCACUAUAUGACCCAUUUUAUACAUAGAAAUUGACAUUAUAGAUCGUUAAUCAAUCACAGCCCUACUGUAGGAUGCAUAUUCAGCAAGUCACCAGCAGAGGAAGUUCCAUUUGAAUCGAUUUUCCCAUAAAAUGUUAUCAGAGAGCCCACAAUGGAAUUUUGAUUUACUUGCAGAGCAGCUGUUCCCAAACUAGGGGGCGCACCAACAUUUUGUGGGGGUGUACGGGACCUUACUUGAUUAAAGGGCUCAUUCUUAUUGUUUUUUUUCAUCUUAACAAUUCACAAUUGUUUAAACCAAUCUAAAACAACUCAUAAAUCCGCAAUGCUUUAGGCUAGAAACCAGCAGUAAAAUGCCAAUGUGACUCUGCACAUGAGCUGAGACAUUCUAAAGUCGAGGAGUCAAAGAAAUUGGACUUCGCUUGGGAGGUAAUCUAACACAAUGUUUGACUCUGAGUAUACCAAACAUUAGGAACACCUUCCUAAUAUUGAUUAUUGAUACAGCCUUAAUUCGUCAGGGCAUGGACUCUACAUGUUGUCGAAAGCGUUCCACAGGAAUGCUGGCCCAUGUAGACUCCAAUACUUCCCACAGUUGUGUCAAGUAGGCUGGAUGUCCUUGGUGGACCAUUCUUGAUACACACAGGAAACUGUUGAGCAUGAAAAACCCAGCAGCGUUGCAGUUCUUGAUAAAUCUGGUGUGCCCGGCACCUACAGUACUACCAUACCCUGUGGAAAGGCACUUAAAUAUUUUGUCUUGCCCAUUCACCUUCUGAAUGACAGGCAUACACAAUCCAUGUCUCAAUUGUCUAAAGGCUUAAAAAUCCUUCUGUAACCUGUCUUCUAACCUUGACUCUGAUUGAAGUAGAUUUAAUAAGUGACAUCAAUAAGGGAUCAUAGCUUUCACCUGGAUUCACCUGGUCAGUCUGUCAUGGAAAGAGCAGGUGUUGUUAAUGUUUUGUAUACUCGGUGUAUAAUUACUUUUGAGGGUUUAUAUAAAUUAUUUUAAAACAUUUGGUAGUGGAAUAACAUUUAGGAUAAAUCAGGUCUAGACUUUAUUUUCCUUUUCAUUUAUUAUUAUUAUCAUUAAAUAGCCUAUGUAAAAUAUGUCAUGAGUCUUGCUAAACUAGAAGAAUUGAAGGAAAUUAACUUUGAAACAACACAUUGUUCCUGGAGGGGGGGGGGGAUUUCUCAAAUAUGAAAAAGGGGGCCCUGGGGGAAAAAGGUUGGGAACACCUGUUGUGAAGUAUAUUGUUCCAAACAAUGUGUUUUAAAAUGAACAACAUCUAAGUGUCAUUAUGGGAUAUUCAUAUUUUAUGUUAAAUAAAUGAAUGUGAACUUUUUAUUUCAGAAUCUAGACAUACUCCAUAUUUUGGAGAACUAUAUACGGAGUGUAAUGACACCCAGAUGUUGUCAAUCAUGAACGGUUCACAGAUCAUAGGGUCUUACAGGAGGCAUGUGACUUGUACAAGUAUUCACCCCUCUUCACAUUUUUCCUAUUUUGUUGUCAUACAACCUGGAAUUAAAAUGUGGAGUAUUUUUUGGGGGUGGGGUUUAUCAUUUGAUUUACACGACAUGCCUACCACUUUGAAAAUGCAAAAUAUUUUGGGGUUAACAAACAAGGAAUAAGACAAAAAAAAAUGAACUUGAGCGUAUAACUGUUCACCCCCCAAAAUCAAUACUUUGUAGAGCCACCUUUUGCAGCACUUACAGUUGCAAGUGUCUUGGGGUAUGUCUCUAUAAGCUUGGCACAUCUAGCCACUGGGAUGUUUUCCCAUUCUUCAAGGCAAAACUGCUCCAGCUCCUUCAAGUUGGAUGGGUUCUGCUGGUGUACAGCAAUCUUUAAGUCGUAUCACAGAUUGUCAAUUGGAUUGAGGUCUGGGCUUUGACUAGGCCAUUCCAAGACAUUUAAAUGUUUCCCCUUAAAUCACUCGAGUGUUGCUUUAGCAGUAUGCUUAGGGUCAUUGUCCUGCUUGAAGGUUAACCUCUGACCCAGUCUCAAAUCUCUGGUAGACUGAAACAGGUUUCCCUCAAGAAUUUCCCUGUAUUUAGCACCAUCCAUCAUUCCCUCAAUUCUGACCAGUUUCCCAGUCCCCGACGAUGAAACAAAUGGUGUGGUGAUGGUGUUCUCGGGGUGAUGAGAGGUAUUGGGUUUGCGCCAGACAUAGCAUUUUUCUUGAUGGCCAAAAUGGCCAAUUUUAGUCUCAUCUGACCAAUGUACCUUCUUCCAUAUGUGUGGGGAGUCUCCCACGUGCCUUUUGGUAAACACCAAUCAUGUUUGCUUAUUUUUUCUUUAAUCAAUGGCUUUUUUCUGGCCACUCUUCCAUAAAGACCAGCUCUGUGGAGUGUACGGCUUAAAGUGGUCCUUAUGGACAGAUACUCCAAUCUCCGCUGUGGAGCUUUGCAGCUCCUUCAGGGUUAUCUUUGGUCUCUUUGUUAACUCUGAUUAAUGCCCUCCUUGCCUGGUCUGUGAGUUUUGGUGGGCGGCCCUCUCUUGGCAGGUUUGUUUUGGUGUCAUAAUCUUUAAAAAAUGUUAAGAGUUUAAUGGUGCUCUGGGAUGAUCAAAGUUUCAGAUAUUUUUUUUAUAACUCAACCCUGAUCUGUACUCCUCCACAACUUUGUCCCUGACCUGUUUGGAGAGCUCCUUUGUCUUGGUGCUGCUUGCUUGGUGGUGUUGCAGACUCUGGGGCCUUUCAGAACAGCUCUAUAUAUACUGAGAUCAUGUGACACUUAGAUUACACACAGGUGGACUUUAUUUAACUAAUUAUGUGACUUCUGAAGGUAAUUGGAUGCACCAGAUCUUAUUUGGGGGCUUCAUAGCAAAGGGGGUGAAUAGAUACAUACGCACCACUUUUUUCCAAUUUUCUUAAUUUAUUUUUUAAACAAGUUUUUUUUUUUCAUUUCACUUCACCAAUUUGGACUAUUUUGUGUAUGUCCAUGAAAUGAAAUCCAAAUAAAAAUAUAUUUAAAUUACAGGUUGUAAUGCAACAAAAUAGGAAAAACACCAAGGGGUGUUACUUUUGCAAGGCCCUGUAUAAGUCUUAAAAGGGCCAAAAAUGCCCACUUUCAUCAUGAUUUUCUCAAAAAGAGUUUGAUACAAAUGUAAAACCCAUUUCAAACAUCCUUCUUUCCAAUGAUAUUACUAUGUGAGAAAUGCCAGAACAACCUGAGAUAUCAAAAAUAUUUUCAGCUGGCGUGGAAUCGUUAUGUCACGUCUUAUGUUUAGCCUGCCUGCACCUCACCAAGCUGUUCCAGGUGUGCUUUUCUCUUUCUCUUCAAAACCAAACAUGUCAUGUUUAUGAUUCUAUGUAUAGACUCCUGUUAUUAAUCACAAAUGUGUGUGUGUAUUAUCAUCAUGGUUGACUGGCUGGCCAAACAUUUUAGAAACAAGAUGAAAUAUUUAUCUAUUUUUUUUACUUUACACCAAGUACAAACAUACACCUAAUGUUUGUUUUUAAAGGUAAGCAUAUUUUCAACAUUAAGUACUGUCAUUCCAGAAAAGAGAAUGGUUAAAUGCUAAUGUGCAAUUAAUGUAUGUUUCUCUUCUGGUUAGUGUUCUCUGAUUCAUUCCUGUUUUGCAUAUGUAUUUUACCUGGUUACCUGGUGUCCACUCACCUUCCUGAUGAAAUGGUGUUGUUUUUUGACUUGUAAGCAAGCACAUUAAAUAACAAGGGAAGCUUUUUA